AACAUGACGGUGUAAACAUGAGCUAUGAGACCAGCGUCAAAUGUUCUACUCGCAUGAGACGAGCUUGAAGAGACGAGCUCCUUCGUCGCUUCGACAUGUGGCGGCAGCUUCCUGCGCGGGAAUACCUCUCGACAAAGACGCAGAUUUCCCGCGAAUAACUCAGACAAUGACAUACCACUAUAGGCGCCAGUCCUCCUGUGGAAAUCUCCAUUCGUGGAGUCAUUGGCAGUUACUCCGGAGACCGUUCCGCUACUUGCUACUUAAGUGUCUCCUAGUUAUCGAUGAAACGCAGAAGAAACGAGAAAGCGUCUGCAGCUGUUUAGUAAACUAAAAAAUAUCCGCGAUUCUGAAAUCGAGACGAGAAAUGUUAAAAGAGAACAAAGAGUGAACGCAAGAAGACAUGAAGUAUUUGCGCGAAAGUGUUCAACGGCGAGCUUCUCUGCUGUUCUCAUUUUUCCAGUAAGUAAAGUAGAUUCAAGGCCACCAUUUGUAACAUAAAUUAUAAUUGCGCGACUACUGCUUUUAGCGUAUUAAAAAUAUAUAUAUCUGCACUAUAUAAAAGAUCACCACCAUAAUGUUACAACGUUAUAUAAUCUUUGCAACUUUUUAACUUCCUUAUUAAUAAGUAUGUGCACGAUUACUAUAAACCAGCGUCGAGAUAAAAAAAUGAGUACAGGGUCACCAGUAAUACAGUAUGUCAUAAACCACUGCGCCGACUAAGGAGAUAACGUCGACCGCUAAUGUCUCCGACCGUUUUUUAUAUAACUCGCUUACUAUACCUGACGUUCAGAGAAAAAAAUAUUCAUCCGGCCGUAAGAUCGGCCGAUGUCGAAUGUAUGAAGAGCGAGGGUGGUAUCACCAUGGACACACAGUGCGGCGUUAUGCUAAAUCACCACGCCGACUCAAGGCAGCGAAGGGUUAACGACCAGUAACGCGUCCGAGGGUGAAUCUCUGAAAAUCGCUCCCGGUGUCGAUGCGUUCCGCACGAUUAAGCGGUACGGAUGCGCUGACACGACCGCGACGGUGGUGCGGCCGAACCCCUUAAAGGGCGCCGCGCGGAAAUGGAGGGGCGCCUUUAGUAGGACGCGGCUCGCAUUAUGUGUCUUCGGCCCGGCUAUAUACAGUCCUGUUUCACUAACGCGCCGGCCGCGUGCGACGGUUCGCGCGAUCGUCGUCGGGACCGACGCCGACGCCGGAUCGCCGAUCGAUCCCCCCCGGCCGCCCGUGGAUCGAGCGCCAACCCGAUCGCUUUCAGUCCGGCGAUCAUCCUCGGCGCGAUCGCGUGAUCCCGUCCGCCGGGACGGUCGAUGAUUUUCCAAAUGUGAUCCUGACGAUCGGAGAGAGCGAUUCCCAGUUGCGAAGAAUCACGAAGAAGAUUCGCCGAUCGAGAUCGAUACUGAUCGACGGCGGCCGCGUUCUCGAUGGUGAUCGAUCGUGGCAAACUGCGAACGAUCGAGCGAAUGAAGAAAGGAUGAGAAGAGGAUAUUUUCGUCGGAUAUGAUAAAUAAGUAGGAUACAUCGCGGAAGAUAAAAAGAUAUUAUGCUCCGGUAGAAACGCACAUUCAAUCGACGGAAGAAGAAGAAGAAGAAGAGAGGAAGGAAGGUAUGAGGAGAGGGUUGAAUCUCUCAGAGGGUGAACGUCGUCGGAUUGUGACUUGUGAGUACGAUCGCACGUGAUCAAGAUCGACAGGGAUCAAAAAUGGUGUUCGACGCGAUGUGCGAGGAGCAAAGGAAGCAAUUCUUCAGGCAGAGCUAUGGCGCUCAUCUACCCGGGUACACGGGUCACUGUCCCACCCUCAAAUUUCGUGUUGGAAAGAGGUUCGGAGCGAGUACGGAGGAAAUAAUGAAGGAAUUACUGGAAAAGAAAAUACUUAAGACUGGACCAUAUAGGCCAAAUUCUGGUAGAGAAGUGGAGUUACCAAGUCUUCAAGAUAAAGAGAUUAAAAGAGAUUGGCAUAACGAAACUGGAUCAUUUAAGGCACCUCCAUACAUCCUAGGAUAUACCGGAUAUAUUCCUGGAUUCAGCAGCAGAUACGGCCUAUCCUUCAUGAAAGCGGUGGAAGCUGGUGCGAAGGAAUGGCACGAGAUGCAGAUGAAGCUAAGAGCACGACGGGAUGCAAUGAGAGCUCACGCCGAGCGAACAGAUCCGAGAAAUCUUUUGUCCCGAGCGAGAGCAGAUAAUGUGGAUAUCGAAAUCGAUCACGGUCAUGACAAAGACAGAAGGACCUAUGAUUAUCAUGUCUCCCCAGAAAGACCGCCGAUUGUUGGUUAUACAGGCCACAUUCCAGGAGCAAGAGGAGAAGUCGCGCUUUCCAAGAGGUACGCUCAAGCAGCCAGGAAAGGAUUAGAACGUGUCCAAAGGGAACGUGAAGAGAGACUUAGUAGGGCCAAAGAUGAACAUGCUGUUCAGAGAGUUCUCGAUAAUGCAUAUCUUGAUGAAACAGGACACACGCGUGCAUAACGUGAUACAAGAAUAUGAUCUUUAAUUGUAACAUGAACAAAAGUGAAAUAAGAAUAUAUUCAGAUGUUGGAAAAAAGAAUUAAAAAAAGAAAACAGCUGAAAAUAACAAAUAUUAUACAGAGUAACUUUUACAGAUAUAAUAGAUAUUCUCAAAUAUUCAUACAAAAGCUUCUAAAUUCUGUAAUGCUAAUUUUGUGGUACUUGAAAUAUUAAGUAUUCAGAUUUUUGAUGAAUAAAUAUUUUGUACCUUUUCUUCGACAGCGUUGGAAAGAGUAAGUAGACAUGAAAAGUAAUCUUAAAGAAUAAAAUUUAGUUGUAAAAUUAUUUAUGUCAGAAAAUCAUAAAAAUUAUUUUUUGUACUUCUAUUUCAAACGAUUUUGUACAAGUAGUAAUCAUUGAGCAGUAGUAGAUUUUAUAUAAUAUUUUCUAUAAUUUUCAGACAUAAAUAACUUUAAGUAGGCUAUUUGAAUAUAGAAAAAGAGAUACAUAUAAUUAUUAAAGCAUAAAAAAUGUAUUCCUGAUAGAAAAGAUAACAAAGUUUACUAAUUUUUGAAGAUGUAUGCGUUGAAAUAUAUUGAAUAUAUAUUAUAAAAUAGAUUACACAAG